AUGGGUUUCGCGCACAACAACGUCCUCCCCGGAAACCAUUUCCGUAAAGAUUGGCAGCGUCGCGUACGCACCUGGUUCGACCAGCCAGGACGCAAGCUCCGCAGACGCAAUGCCCGCAAAACUAAGGCUGCUGCCCUCGGCGUUCGUCCAUUGACGCUGCUUCGCCCUGCAGUCCGUGGCCAAACUGUGCGCUACAACCGAAAACUCCGUGAAGGUCGCGGAUUCACCUUCGCUGAGCUUAAGGAGGCUGGUAUCGGAAAGAAGGAGGCUCGGAGUGUCGGAAUCGUUGUUGACCACCGAAGGAGGAACUCGAGCGAGGAGGGAAAGAAGGUCAAUGUUGAGAGGCUGAAGGCUUACAAGACCAAGCUCGUUGUCUUCCCCAGGAAGGCUGGCAAGCCCAAGAAGGGCGACUCCUCCCUACUACUACUCGUAGCCGCCUUCCCUCUUCCCGAAUCAUACGCCGCCGAGGCCCCCCGCAAAAUCACCGAAGAAGAGCGCUCCUUCGAAGCUUACAAGACCCUUCGUAUCGCUCGCGCCAACGCCAGGCACGAAGGUGCUCGCAAGGCUCGUGCUGCCAAGAAAGAGGAGGAGGAAGCAGCAAAGAAGAAGUAA